AUGCGUCUGGAAAUGGCUGAACUGUACUGUGGCCCCUCUGCUCUGGAGAAUAACGACGUCUGGGAUCCUGUACUCGGUGGUAUGAACCCGGAUUUGAGCUACCGCGAUUCCAUUCUUCUGUUCCCUUACAGGUCCAGAGAUACCAUGUUAAGAAUAUUCGGCUGCUUUUCCAACAAUGUAUGCAAGGCCGACAACGGACUCUUCCUCCCUCCUUCCGUCUCGAGGGCCAUUGAAGAGGGCGUUCUGGCGAUCGUCCCUGAUCUCGGCAUGGAACCUCCGUCAAAGAUCAGCCAAACGGAAUUGUUUGAAAGCCGCUUCGAUGAGUGGAUGAACAAGGUCCAGGACUAUCAGUUGAUCGUCAUUAAUGAAGCGCACCCGCUAGUCUACGACACGUGUAAGAUCACGACAAAAUAUGGGGUUGUUGAACGCGAACUUGGUUCGCUUCACGGCCACAAGCUGAAGUUCAAGACGUCCAUGAGACCGCGAGUCUCUUUCGUCGGGUGGUCAUUCCUGUCUGCAGCCUUGGUUGCGUCAUGGCGAUGCCUAAGAAACUAUGAGCAUACAACUCACGCUGCGCACACCAAGAGCCAGGUGGAAAAGGCCAUUCGUUACUGGGGAAAGAGCGCAGUGAAUCUGUUAGAGCCAAAGGUUUUUGUUGGAUUCCUCCUUGCUAUGGGGGUGACCGAGAGAGAGUCCUAUAUCCAGAACCGUGACGACCUCGGUGUCGCUAUCGUCGCAAUCGAGCGUGCCUAUCCAAUGCAGAAUCCUCAUUAG